ACCCUAUACGUCAUGGCAAACCGAACCGUCAAAGACGCUCACACAGUUCACGGAACUAAUCCCCAGUAUUUGGUUGAGAAGAUUAUACGUAGUCGCAUUUAUGAGUCGAAGUAUUGGAAGGAACACUGCUUUGCUCUCACAGCCGAAUUGCUGGUAGACAAAGCAGUCGAAUUGCGCUAUGUUGGAGGAGUUUACAGUGGCAAUGUAAAACCCACUCCGUUUCUCUGCUUAGCCCUCAAAAUGCUCCAAAUCCAACCCGACAAGGAUAUUGUUAUUGAAUUUAUAAAGCAAGAGCCGUACAAGUAUGCCAGGGCUUUGGGGGCGUUCUACUUGCGUCUCGUUGGCGAAUCCGUUGAAAUCUAUAAGUAUCUGGAGACUCUGUACAACGAUUUUCGUCGCUUGAAAUUCCAGGACAGGGCUGGAAAUUUCAGUUUGAUUUACAUGGAUGAUUUCAUCGAUAAACUACUGACUGAGGAGCGUGUGUGUGACGUGAUUUUACCCCGGUUACAAAAGCGCUCAGUUUUGGAAGAGGCUAAUGCUUUGGAACCUCGACAGUCGCUCCUAAAUGAAGACUUGGAGGAUUUGCAGUAUGCAGAAGAUAUGGACACAACUGUCGGGAAUCUAGAAGACCGUGAUCGACAUAGAGAACGCGACAAGGAUCGGCAUCGUGACCGCGAAGAUCGACCGAAGGAUCGAGAACGCCACCACAGACGUCGGCAUCGUGAGGAGUCACCGCAUGCGGAACGCCGAGAACCAAGAGAUCGGAGGGCGAAAGAUUAUGAAUACUCGCGCCAUAAAGAUCGUGAUGACCGAGAGCGUGAACGCAAACAUGAACGAGAACGUGAGAGGCGGCGAAGCCGAUCUCGUGAAAAGCAUGGAAGACAUGGGGAUAGCCGUCUUUCACCGGACCACAAACGCAUUCGAGAUAAAGAACGCGAUCGUGAACGGCGUCACUAGUGACUUCGUUUCUUCUCCCAACCCCUUCCUGUACAAAUUGCCGCUUCUAUUGUUCAUAUCUAUUUGUAUCAAUUUGAAUUUUUGG